AUGGCUGGGUUGACUCCGAGUCAACCUCAAAGCAUAGUUGCUGCUCGUGACGUGGCUUCCUUCAAAGACCCUCGUCUCGAGGGCCCUGCUGACGUCAUCCUACGCCUUGCUGAGCUGGCGCUGAGCUGUACGGCCAUGCCGACCGCAUCGCGCCCCGAUAUGAUGCGGAUCAUUGGAGAUCUCAAGGCGAUACGGGCCGAGCUGACAGGUGGCGACGUGGACGAGCGAGCGGUCAGGAUUGACUCUGAGCUGGCGGUUGGUGUGGGGGAAACUUUGGAGGAGCAGAUUCUGAGGGUGGAGAGCAUGAGGGAUGACGAUAGGGGAGGGAUUGUGGGAGAUACACCGGAUGAUGGUGGUGUACAGUGA